GUUUCGCUGCCAUUGACAAAACCUCUCGUCUUUACUGAAUUCCAGAAAUGGCUUCAGACAUACCUGGAUCGGUGACAUUGCCCGUCGCCCCCAUGGCGGCCGCAGGACAGGUGAGGAUGGCAGGGGCCGUGCCCGCCCGUGGAGGAAAGCGGCGUUCCGGGAUGGACUUCGAUGACGAAGACGGUGAAGGCCCCAGUAAAUUUUCAAGAGAGAAUCACAGUGAGAUCGAGAGGCGCCGGCGGAACAAGAUGACGCAGUACAUCACGGAGCUCUCCGACAUGGUCCCCACCUGCAGCGCGCUGGCCCGCAAGCCGGACAAGCUCACCAUCCUGCGCAUGGCCGUGUCGCACAUGAAGUCCAUGCGAGGCACCGGAAACAAGUCCACGGAUGGCGCAUACAAGCCGUCCUUCCUCACGGAGCAGGAACUGAAGCAUCUCAUCCUUGAAGCAGCUGACGGGUUUCUGUUUGUAGUGGCUGCUGAGACAGGGCGAGUGAUUUACGUGUCCGACUCGGUCACCCCUGUUCUGAACCAGCCCCAGUCGGAGUGGUUUGGGAGCACACUCUACGAGCAGGUGCACCCCGACGACGUGGAGAAGCUCAGAGAGCAGCUGUGCACGUCGGAAAAUUCAAUGACAGGCCGCAUCUUGGACCUGAAGACGGGGACGGUGAAGAAGGAGGGGCAGCAGUCAUCCAUGAGGAUGUGCAUGGGCUCCCGGCGCUCCUUCAUCUGCAGGAUGAGGUGUGGAAAUGCUCCUUUGGACCACCUUCCUCUGAACAGAAUAACCACCAUGAGGAAAAGGUUCAGGAACGGUCUCGGCCCCGUGAAGGAGGGAGAAGCCCAGUAUGCUGUCGUCCACUGCACGGGCUACAUCAAGGCCUGGCCGCCAGCAGGAAUGACCAUCCCUGAGGAAGACGCGGACGUGGGACAGGGCAGUAAAUACUGCCUCGUGGCCAUCGGGAGGCUCCAGGUGACCAGCUCGCCCGUGUGCGUGGACAUGAACGGCAUGUCGGUGCCCACAGAGUUCCUGUCCCGGCACAACGCCGACGGCGUCAUCACGUUUGUGGACCCGCGCUGCAUCAGCGUGAUCGGCUACCAGCCCCAGGAUCUUCUGGGAAAGGACAUUUUGGAAUUCUGCCACCCCGAGGACCAGAGCCACCUGCGCGAGAGCUUCCAGCAGGUGGUGAAGCUGAAAGGCCAGGUGCUGUCGGUCAUGUAUCGGUUCCGCACCAAGAACCGGGAGUGGAUGCUGAUCCGCACCAGCAGCUUCACGUUCCAGAACCCCUAUUCCGACGAGAUCGAGUACAUCAUCUGCACCAACACCAACGUCAAGCAACUUCAGCAGCAGCAGGCAGAGCUGGAGGUGCACCAGAGAGACGGGCUCUCAUCGUAUGACUUGUCCCAGGUCCCUGUCCCCAACCUACCAGCCGGUGUUCACGAGGCCGGGAAGCCCGUGGAAAAGGCAGAUGCGAUCUUCUCCCAGGAAAGAGACCCUCGGUUUGCGGAAAUGUUCGCAGGAAUCGGUGCAUCGGAGAAGAAGAUGAUGAGCUCGGCGUCCGCGGCAGGAAGCCAGCAGAUCUACUCCCAGGGGAGCCCGUUCCCCCCCGGACACUCGGGGAAGGCCUUCAGCUCCUCAGUGGUUCACGUGCCCGGAGUGAACGAUAUCCCGUCCUCCUCCUCGACAGGCCAGAACAUGUCCCAGAUCUCCCGGCAGCUAAACCAGAGCCAGGUGGCGUGGGCGGGGAGUCGGCCGCCGUUCCCGGGACAGUCCAGCAAGACCCAGUCGUCUCCCUUUGGGAUCGGAACGAGCCACAGCUACCCGGCGGACCCCUCUUCUUACAGCCCCCUCUCCAGCCCGGCUACCUCCUCGCCCAGCGGGAAUGCCUACUCCGGCCUCGCCAACAGGACUCCCGGCUUCGCUGAAAGCGGACAGAGUGGCGGGCAGUUCCAGGGGCGGCCCUCGGAAGUCUGGUCGCAGUGGCAGAGCCAGCACCACGGCCAGCAGAGCGGUGAGCAGCACUCCCACCAGCAGCCCGGUCAGACUGAGGUGUUCCAGGACAUGCUGCCCAUGCCGGGAGACCCGACCCAGGGGGCCGGCAACUAUAACAUCGAGGACUUCGCCGACCUGGGCAUGUUCCCACCGUUCUCCGAGUAGCCGCGGGCAGAGCGAGGCCCCCGCUGCGCCGCGCCACCCCUGCUCUGACGUCGCUGCCCCUGCGGACGGGGCCCGCCCCCGCCCUGCUCGUCCUGCCGCAGGACCCCCCACCAGAAGCCACCCUCCCGCCACGUCCCCGGGCGCCGCAUUGCCCUGCUCCCACCCGCAGCCGCGGCCGCUGGGCCACUGACCAGGGCCCUGGGGAUCGGUUGUAUUUAUUGUAUUUUUUGUGUGUGUGCUCAGGGGGUGAGCCUACUGGGUCCUUAAAUUUGGUUGUGAAUAAUCUCUUAGUGGACAAUUUACCCUCAUAAAAAGUUCGUUUCAUGCCCAGAGAGACGCAGCAGCAGCAGCAGCAGGAGCAGGCGCCCGGGACGCUGCAGGCGGAUUCCUCUUGCUCUUCACUUCUCCCGGUGGGAGGGGCCGGGGUGGGCUUGGGAAACAGGCAGGCAGGACGCGCGGGACACGGCUGCCCCGGCUCCACCGACGUCUGCACGCGCCCGCCGUGCGUGGGACGGACGUGCUUUGUGCGGUGCGCCACGAACGCUCUGUCCUGGCGGGUGUGCUGUGCCUCGUGUUUGUCGCGUGUGGCCAGGGUGAGCGUCUGGAACCCAGCAUGCACGGUCAGCCGCGCAGCCCUGUCCCCAGGCCCGGCAGCACCCCCGUAACGGAGCACGCUCGGCCCAGGGGCUGGGAGCUCGGCCGGCACUUAGGGUCACCAGGAGUCACAGCUGGGGACGUGCUCACUUUGCUAGGUCAGUUCUCCGGUCCAAGCCCCAGUGCGGAUUCGGGCCCUUCCUCUUAGAGGAGCCGGCCCGUCCUGCCCGGGAGCCCGGUGGUGCCCCCUUUCCGACGUGGGUCUGAGCGGCUCUGUUGUUUGUUUGCGUGUUAGCGUCUCGUCUUCGCUCCACUGGCGAGCGGAGGCCCUGUGACCCCCAGCCCCGCACACCCUGAGGUCACCGAGGCCUGGGCCCUCUGUGCAGGGGUGGGUGGCAGGGGCAGGGCGCCCAGGCCCUCCCGUCCUGUGCCACGCUCGGCUCGGCGGCUCUGGAGGCGGCACUCCGGCAUCCCGGGGACCCGCUGCUCAGCGCUGCCGGGAGCUUUACCUGCAGAAGUCGACAGUGCUCGGUGGAUGCCCAGGGCUGGUGGCCACCUCCGCGCCAUCCUGGUCCCCAGACUCUAACGUGACCCUGACUCUGCAGUUUCUAGAGCGGCUUUUAAGCCUCUGUGUGGCGAUUGAGCCCCAAGUGUAGACACACGUGGUGCGCGCUCCAGCCGCAAAGUGACGCUUUCUUGCUUCUGGGGACAAGGCGGGUGGCCAAAACCGCGCACAUUCUCAAGCGGCAGCCCAGAAUGGGGCUCCCUCUGCGUCCCCGCCCCUGGGCCACCUCUGCCUCCAGCAGCCUCGAGCUUGCCCUAGGCCAUGGGUAUAAUUAUUUCCAAAAAACAAAAGGCACAAAAAUAGCUUUCCGAUCAAGAAGUAUUUCUCGGUGACGUGAAAACAGACUCUUCGCGGCUUUAGCUUGUGAGGUCUUGCGUUUGUUUUUGCCUCGUGUUUCUGGAGGGCUGUCGGGGCUCCUCCUGCAUGCCAAGGCGAACCCCUGGGUGGUGCGCCUGCCCCGCCUGGGCUGUGCUGGGCACCGAGGGAGGCAGCAGAGACAGGCGAGGAGCUUUGCUCCAACAUCCUGCCUUCCGAGUCCUCACCUGGAGGGUCAGGGAGCCCCGGCCCUGCCUCCUUCCCGCCCAGGCGUCGCGGGGAGUCUGGGGAUAGUCUGGUCAGCGUUGUCUUCUCCACGCCCCACUCCGCUUCGGGGACUCUCGUGAGUCCUAGGAGCUGCCACUGGGACCGUAGUCAGGGGAGACGGAGGAGGAGGAGGCCAGGGCUGGGAGGAUCCAUGCCGAGGGAUUCUCCCACCAAAGGUUUUUGAGACAAACUGGAGUGAGGAUUAAAGCCCCGGAGGGUUUAAUUAUCCGAGUUUACAAAGGACCCUCCCGGGCCGGUGCUGCCCAGCCCAGGAGGCCAGAGCGCGCCUGCUCCGCGCCCUGCAGCCAGACGCUCGCAGGCUGAGCAAGCAGAAGGCUUUGCCCAGGCGAGGGCCACGUGGUGGUGCCGGAGCCCUGGCAAGGACGUGGAUGCAGCCACGGUGAGGCUCCACCAAAGCCCGGUCAGUGACUGUGACGGUGGCCACGGAUGGUUCUGGAACAUGCCGCUGGUAUGUCACUCCCCGCGCUUUUGGUUUUCGUUUUGGCUUCAGGGGAUGAGAGCGCCGUCACGAACAGCCACAUUGUGCUCCACUUUCCAACACUGCAGGGUCAGCCCUUUGUCGUUGCACGAGUAGGGCGCACUGCAGGCAGCGGGGGUCCUGGCCGCCCGUGGACCUCAGCCCUGGGGCUUUAACCCUCCAGGGGAUAAGGCGCUGUGUGUUUCCAGAUUGGCCGCGCUGGCACGUGUCACGCUCCUGCUGGCGUCGGCCAGGAGAGGAGGCUGUCCCCAGGGAAUGAACGGCGGGCUCUUCCCCGCCCCCGGCCUCACGCUGGGCGGCCCCUGAGCUGUGGCGGCGUCGCGAACACUCGCUUCUCCGAGCCCGCCUGCCCUGCGACGCCUCUGACCCGCCGCGCAGACAGGGCAAGCCCGUGGCCCCACAGCCGCAGCCAGUGACCAGCCAGGGCGGAAGCCCCCGCGUUACCAGACGGUACGGGCUCCGUCUCGGCCGCCGUGUCCCCGCUUGUCAGGAGUCACUGCCCCCAGAGCCCAGUCCUAAGGAGCCGCGAGUCCACCGUCUCCCCGACUGCCUGGAGUCCGGGGCACCCUGAAGAGGCACCGCAGGGCGGCGUGGGCACGCUGUCACAGAGGCUCCUGGGGCGCGGCCACGAGAUGGAGGCCGCAGGCCGUGCGGGGCCAGGGCCGCCGGCUCCAGCCACACGCUCGGUUUCCUCUAAAAAAGAAAAACAGAUUUCACGAGCAGGCUUCUGUGGGCAGCGUGAGCACUUAAUCAUUCCUCUUUAACCUUGCUUCGUGUGGAUGUGAAUGUGCUGUGGCUGAAGCAUUUGUAUUUCCGGAAUGUUCUCUGUGACUAACAGUUACUAAGUCAGUCGUGUACAUGUGUAACUAAUGUGACUGCCUUUUAAAAUUUCAUUACAAUAAAAGUGACUUUGCUCUGAA